UAGUGGUAUUUGGGGGCCUUGUCGUGGAAAAGUUUGGGAACCCCUGGUCUAGCCGCUCUUUCCUCCGGUAGCUCCAUUCUCGUGAUAGGUUGGAAGAGGGGGCGUGACAUGAGGGUAGAACACUGAUGUGCUUCCGGCUCGAUUACACCGAUAAGCCGCGAGAGAGCAUUCUUAUCAUAAUUGUAUUCUGUGGCGAAUUGAUCCCGCACGCACACAUUUUUUCCACAAGCAAAAGUCCUUUAAAUAUCGACAGCGUUCUCUGCUCACCAGUUCCAUGUCAAAAUGCAGGACAAAUACUUCCCUGAUGUGGUUGGCUCGGACGGAAGGGAUUUCGGCAAAGCCGUCUGUAUCAUAACAGGAGCGUCCAAGGGAUUCGGGCGGUGUAUAGCCAAAGAAAUCGCCUUGUUGCUCAAACCGGGAUCGAUGUUCUUUUUGGUUGCUCGGUCUGGUGACAAGCUGCGAGAGCUCCAGGCCGAACUAGCUGCCACUCGUGCAGGCAAAGCUGGCUUGAUCACUCGAUGCGUGGUCGCAGAUUUGGGUCUGAAGGAUGAUGUGGACCAAGUGAUACGAGAGAUUCGAGAGGCAGCAUCAGACAUCGACAUAAACCAACUCCUCCUAAUUAACAAUGCAGCCUCCCUGGGCGAUGUCUCCCGCUUCGCCAAGAGCUUCACAGAUCUGCACGAGGUGAACGCAUACAUGUCCUUCAACGUGAGCUCGGCCCUCAGCCUCACGGCCAGCGUGCUGGAGGUGUUUCCACGGCGACAGGACCUGCAUCGCUGCGUGGUCAACGUCAGCUCCCUGUGUGCCCUGCAGCCCUUCCCCUCCUGGGUGCUCUACUGCACGGGCAAGGCGGCCAGAGACAUGAUGUUCAAAGUGCUCGCCGAGGAGGAGCCGGACCUCAGGGUGCUCAGCUACGCGCCAGGCCCCCUGGACACAGACAUGCUCCUGCAGGCGCGCACGGAGUCGGGGGACGCCGGCCUGAAGAAGUCCAUUGCGGCGCUGCACUCCCAGGGCGAGGUGCUGACCUGUGAGGAGUCCUGCAGCAAGCUGCUCAAGGUGCUACUGGAGGACAAGUACCCGUCCGGGACGCACCUCGACUACCAUGACGUGUAGAAGAUACACACGCACACACACACACACACACAC